CUCGCCGUCGUCGCAACACAACGUUCUCGCACAACCGCCUACCGCUCGCGCGCUCGAUCAGCUGUCCGCCGACACGACUACGCCGAGUCGAGCCCUUGAUAAGCCGCUGUGCGGUGCCAUGGAGCUGCUGUGCGCGGAGCGCGUGAGCCCCGGGAGCGGCGAGCGCAGCAGGCCCGGGCCUGCGCCGGCGCCGGCCGCCGCCUCCGACCCGGUGCUGAUGCGCCGCCGCGUGCUCGACAACUUGUUGCGCACGGAGGAGCGCUACGCGGUCACCGCCAACUACUUCGGCACCGUGCAGACCGAGGUCACUCCGCACAUGCGCCGAGUGGUCGCCGAGUGGAUGCUAGAGGUGUGCGAAGACCAGAGCUGUCAGGAGGAGGUUUUCCCUUUGGCGAUAUCUUAUUUGGAUCGGUUUUUGAGCACAUGUACCGUUGGCAAAAGUCAGUUGCAACUGUUGGGAACUGCGUGCCUGUUACUGGCAUCUAAGUUACGGGAACCGAGCUCUCGAGGGCUACCUGCAGAUUUACUGGUCUUCUACACAGCUAACAGCAUCACUCUUACAGAUCUAUGCAGCUGGGAACUGCUAGUGCUGUCCAAGCUAAAAUGGGACGUAGCUGGAGUGACGGCCCAUGACUUUCUUCCACUUCUCUUGUCCCGGCUACCGUUACGUGGCCGUGUGAAUACCGAAAUGGUUCACAGGCACGCACAAACCUUCAUAUCGCUAGCAGCGAGAGAUUACGAGUUCACUUUGUACUCCGCGAGCACACUCGCUUCGAGCAGCAUUGCAGCAGCUCUGCGGGGUCUCGGCGUAGAUGGACAUCUUCCGCGCUUACACGAUUUAACUGGCAUCGAUUUGGACUGCCUCCAAACGUGCUUGGAGCAGAUCGAGGAGAUGGUGCAAGGGCUGAUCGAUGUGAUCGCAGUCCCAAACGGACAAGCCCGGGAGGCGGCAGGGUGGACGCCUCCCCCCAACAAUGACAAAGCCCACAACAACGCCGCCACCCCCACCGAUGUCAGAGACGUACACUUUUAACCCUCAGAAGAAAGAAUCCGGUUAAGGGAGCCCGAGGGCCGUUGCUUUAAUUUCGGUGCAUUAGUACGAAAAUACUAUAAACUAGAACAUUUUUACGGUGCAUCCGUGAUCAAGGACUGAUACCAAGACUGACAAUUGCAUAUUGUGUCUAACAUAGGUACCUUCUUAUUGCAUGAAUAGUCUAGGAAGAUAAUGUUGAUAGAUGUUAUAACGGUGAGCCAUUCGCGCUACUUGUAUAUUAGCCUCUAGUCUUUAAAUAUUUCUUACAACACGACGGAGGCAUUGCACUGAACCAACUGUUAUCUUAGGAAAUGCGAUAACACCUUUCAUUUCUAGUUGAUAAUGUCUUGAAAUUACGAUCUACCUCUUUAUUUAUAAGAAAGAAUUUUCAUUAUCGCCUGACACAAGUUCGAUACUAUAAACAAAUAGCUGUAACAUAUUUAGACUAAGCUAUAUGUUGUAUUCGGGACCAAAGUUAUAUAUUUUUUUCUCCGUAAAAUAAAUAUUACAGCCAUUAUUUAUAGGAUUUACUUGUCAGAAAAUCAUAUUAUAAAUAUCGCGAAAAAAUGACUAUUAAUCAUGGACAUUAUCUGGUAAUGUUGAUGUAUCCAAACUUUUCGCUUAUAUUCAGAUUAUAUAGAUUUUAAAAUAAAAAUUCAUAAUAUCUACUUUACAUAUAGUACCUUUCGGUAAUGCCGGUUUUUUAUUUACUGAAUAUUAUAUUCAUCAGAUUCAAGGUAUAUCGGGGGAAGGCAAUAAAUUACGCUUUUAAUUUGUAAAAUAUUAAUCUACCAUAAUCUAUAGAUCAGCAACAGAAAAUGGCAUUACCAGCAUCUUGCUUAUAUUUUUGUAUACAUUUAUAUCACAGUAGGCAAAUAAAUAGAAGCGAAUGUCUUAAAGUUACGUAACUUAAAAAAUAAAUGAUAAAAAGAUGAAAGAAUUCUCGUUCCUUUUGACUUUGUACCAACAAUUAGUAUAUAAGUGCCUAACAUUUAAUGUGAUAGUUUAAUGUAGCUGAUUAAACUUGAUUUCAUAGUCACUUCCAGUCAUAAUAUGUUAAAUUAGGAGUACUAUGUUAUUUCGUAAGAUUGUUAUAAGCAAAAUCUGGAAAGAAGAAACAUGUGAUUGAUUUUAUAUUAUAUUUAGAAGUUAGAAAUUAAUUUCCAUAUAAUUGUUCCUAAAAACGAUUUGACCUUUGGAAAUAAGUAAAAUGCAAUAGUCUAGAAUUACAAUUUCGUACUUAAAGUUUCUACGUAAUGUUAUAGAAAAUAUAAGUAUAACUUUACUUUAAAAAUGUGAUAUAGUUUCCACAGAUAUUAUUUUAGUUAUUUUUAUGUUUAUACUGUAAGUACGGGUGGCGUAGUUAGACAAGGCUAAAGUUAGUUUAUCUAUAGAUCUACUAGAUUUAUUUCUUAUAAGUAAUUAUAUAAAACGUUCAGUGCAUUUAAGAAUAAAACAUAUUAUUAUUAGUCCAACGUCUUCCAUGUAAAAUAUAAGCUUCAGAUGUGGUCCCCUAAGUGCCUUAUCGGAACACGAAAUAUAUUUGUUAUAUAUUUAUCCUAUAUACUAAUUAUAUAUUUUUCAUUAAGGAAUAUCCAUGUGUAAAUAACAUUAUUUAAAUGUACAUAUAAAGUAUGUUAUGCUAUAAGUAUUGGUGCCAUAAGUAAAUGACUAUAAAGCUAUUUCGGUUAAUCAAUAUUAAUGACAUGUAGGUAUAUUCCAUUAAUUAAUCCGCAAUUGUUUGGUGGAUUCGUGAACGGACGAAAGAGUUGAUGUGUAAAUAUGUCGGUUGUGGUAUUUACAUAAUUAUAGCGUGUAUCAGAAAACUAUCUUUUAUAUUAUGUUAUUGUAUGUUAAACUAUGUGGGAAAGAAUACGCGUUACAUAAUAGUUUAUUUAAUGCUUUUGGCUUUGGACUGGCUUUUGACAUAGAUUAGGAUAAGAUUGUUAUAAAAUAGAUUAUUUUGUAAGUUUGCUGAAUGCUAAGAUAUUUUUGAAAUUGUAUAUAAAACGUAGAUAAGGCCUCCUCACAGACGUGAUCUUAAUAUUUCUAUGGCACAUUUGGUGUAAGUUUUUUUAUAAACAUCUAAAUUCUAAAGAUUAUAAUUUUUACGCGAUUUUAUGUGACUUAGCGUUAUUUGAUUUUUAUAUGUGAUUAUUACUUUUAAGUUACAUUGUAAUGAAUGAUCGUUGACUUUAUGACGUAGAUAUUUGAAAAUCUGCAAUAAAAAAUGUUCAAAAUUA